CGUAAUAGUGAAUUUUUUUAUUAUCAUUCUUAACUCAUCCAGUGUUGUGGAUUACGGUGUCAAAAUGAAACUGAUCACUGCAAUCAUCGCUUUAGCCAUCACUGGCUUCACCAGUGCGAUCCAAGUUUAUCAACAGCCACAGGCCACAUCACCAGUGGCCUAUCAGACGCAGCAAUAUCAACAGCAAGCUUUGUACUCCCAACCUCAAGGGUUCACAAAAGCACAGGACGUGUAUGUCCAAGUCCAACCUGAGCAUCAAAGGACUCAGUCAGCAGAAGGCAGUGCGAGGGUGCUGAGUUACAACUCGGAGAAUCACGGCCAUAGCUACCAAUAUGCUUAUGAGACAGAGAACGGUAUCCAAGCCCAAGAAGUUGGACAAAUAGACAAAGGCACCCAGGCUCGUGGUGCUUACUCCUAUCGGGGCACCGAUGGUCAGGUCUACUCCGUCACCUAUACAGCUGAUGAGAACGGGUUCAGGCCGGAAGGUGCCCACCUGCCCACCCCACCACCCAUACCUGAAGCCAUUGCUAGGGCCAUAGAACAAAACACCUAUGAUGAAGUUAAUGGCAUUUUUGACGAUGGUUCAUACAAAAAUUAUCAGCAGCAAUCCGAAACAAGUAACCAACAGAUUGGUUAUCAGCCAAGUACACAACAGCAAAAUGGUUAUCAACAAGGUGGUUACCAGCAAAAUACUUACCAACAAAGCGGUCGCCAACAAACCGCUAAACAACAAAAUAGUUAUCAGCAAAGCAGUAAUCAGCAAAAUGUUUAUCAAUUAAGCGGUUACCAGCAGGGCGAUAACCAACAAAAUGUUUAUCGACAAAGUGGUUACCAGCAGGGCGAUAACCAACAAAAUGUUUAUCGACAAAGUGGUUACCAACAAGGCGGUAACCAACAAAACAGUUAUCAACAAAGUGGUCAUCAGCAAGGUGGUAACCAACAAAUAGGUUAUCAACAAAGCGGUAUCAGGCAAAAUGUUCAUAAACAAAGUGGAGUCCAACAAAAUGGCUAUCAACAAAGUAACUCCCAACAGAAUUACAACGUUGUUCCCUCAACAGUAACCAUUCCCAUUAUUAGUGGAUAUUAUUAGAAUCAAAUAUUAAUAAGUUAUGAACGGUAACAUUUAAUAAAAAUAAGGCCCUCCUUAUACUAUGCGACAAAAUUGUGAGCAACACUUUUUGUCAGUAAAAUACAUAUUUAUGCAUGCUAUAGUUUAAAGCAGUCGAUAUUCUGGUUACAAAAUAUAUAUCAUCAAAACAAAUUCAGUUUAAUCAAGUAGUAAAUCCAUAUCAUGAGUAUUUCAUCUAUAGAUGAUAGUCAGACUUUAAUUAUCAAAAUUGUGGUGAAUAUAAAACUUGGAUUUGUAUGUCGGCUAAAUAGGCGACGUGACGUCAAAUUAAAAGUACCCAUAACCAGUGAGAGUGUAUGAAUAGAUCGAUGAUUGUAGAGGAAGAGAAAGAGGUCUGCUUGAAGCAUACUUCAAUGGGCUUGGCGAAUAUGUAUAGAAAACUUGGAACAUCCUCAUUUCGACGACUGUAACAAUGAAAUUUUUCGUCAAUGAACGCGAGCUGUCU